CAGGCUGUCCUUAGGCUGCUAAUUCUGCCCUGGGAGCUGCUGGACACGCUCUGGGAGGGAAUACAGCCCCGCGAGAGGGACCCAGCAGAGACCCGGGCGCGGGGCGGGCUCAGGCGCUAAUAACACCUCCCUGCCCAAUGGAAAGCGUUUCCUAUCGAGACCCCCAAGAGUUCCCCCUGCCCACAAACCCUGCCCAGACAUUGGGCCCAUUCUUGUGUCCCGUUUCCCAAGACAUGAUGGCUGCAGCAUUCAGCAGUUUUGUUUCCUCCCCGAACAAAGGAAGGCAGACAACUGCCCGCCGCUUUGCAGCUUGAAGAUGAACGGGUAAACUUUCCCAAAGCCGAGCACGCAGCUCUUCCGUGUGGGACUAACGCUGCUUGCGCUGCACGCACGAAAAAAGAGGAUAAAUGCGGGCUGUCAGGGAGGAAUCGGGCUGAAAUCUGCCGAGCCGUGGGCAUGAUCUCAGCCCCGGCCCCGCUGCCGUGGAUGAAAGGACUUGUGACAGAGACACGGUAGCAAGGUGUGGAGCAACCUUCCUGGAAUGCGUUUCUUCAGGAAGAGAAGAGAUCACUGCUGUAUUUUAUGGAUGUCACUGAAGUAGACUUUGAAGUUCUUUGGAAACACAUCACAAACCUGGCAUGGGAAACCACAGCAACAAUCAUACCUGUUUGAUAGAUGAUUCCUUUAAGUACAACUUGUAUGGAGCUGUGUACAGUGUGGUCUUCAUCCUUGGUUUGAUUACUAACUGUGCCUCCCUCUUUGUUUUCUGCUUUCGGAUGAAAAUGCGAAGUGAAACAGCCAUUUUCAUGACAAACCUGGCGGUUUCAGAUUUGCUUUUUGUGUUCACUUUGCCCUUUAAAAUUUUUUAUAAUUUCAACAGGCACUGGCCUUUUGGAGAUAGCCUGUGCAAGAUCUCUGGUACAGCAUUUCUCACUAACAUCUAUGGGAGCAUGCUGUUCCUCACCUGCAUUAGUGUCGACCGUUUCCUUGCUAUCGUCUAUCCAUUCCGAUCUCGCACCAUUAGGACCAGGAGAAAUUCUGCCGUAGUCUGUGCUGGUGUUUGGAUACUGGUCCUCAGCGGUGGAAUUUCGGCUUCAUUGUUCUCCACAACCAACAUUUCCAACACCAGCACAACCUGUUUUGAAGGUUUUUCCAAAAGUAUCUGGAAAACCUAUCUGUCUAAGAUCACUAUAUUUAUUGAAGUGGUAGGAUUCAUAAUUCCUUUGCUACUCAACCUUACAUGCUCUUCUUUAGUUCUCAGGACUCUCCGGAAACCUGCCACCUUGUCCCAGAUUGGGACAAACAAAGAGAAAGUAUUGAAAAUGAUAAUUGUGCACGUGGCCAUUUUUGUUGUGUGCUUUGUGCCUUACAAUUCCAUACUCUUCUUGUAUGCUCUUGUGCGCUCCCAAGCAAUAGCAAAUUGCUCCUUGGAGAGGUUUGCGAGGACAAUGUACCCAAUCACACUGUGCAUUGCAACAAUGAACUGCUGCUUUGACCCAUUCAUCUAUUACUUCACAUCAGAAUCCUUCCAGAAGUCCUUCAACAUAAAGACCCAGAUGAAAAUGGAUUCUCUUUUCAAGACUGAGACAGCUCUAACAAAGACUGCGCUACCAGCACCACAGGAUGAAAUGAGUGACCAGGCUAUUACAAAUGGAGGAGACCCAACAUCUGAAUCUCAUUUCUAGUAAGAUGUUUGCACAUUGAGUUCUCCCCCAUUAACUUUUGAUUAACACCACGUGUGAAAUAGUUGUUUCAGAAUAUGUGGGUUCACACACAUGGUGUGAAUGAAGUUGCUGGGGGAUAACUACACAGGUGAACAAAUCCUUAACACUGGGAUGGUCCCAUCACAUGCAACAGCUGAACAUGAAAGAUAAGAAUCCCAAUGGAUCUCCCUUUGGAGAUCAUUGAUAGGUAACAACACAUGUGCCAACUGAGGAGGGAACAGAAUAGCUUCUUUAAGCAGAACAUGCCAACAUUUGGCAUUUUUUCCCCCAGCAGUUUACAUGGGACAAGAUGGGAAAUAGAAAAUUUAAUUUUCUUGAUAUCUGCCAAUAUUUCAUGCCUUCUGGAAAUGCAUCAUCAUAUAUUAACACAAUAACUUCACACAAUAUGUAUGUUUGCUUUUAAAGACAUAAUAAAAGCUUUCGGCUUUUCCUUAUUUCACUGCAA